GGGGCGGGGCCGAGCGGCCCGGGGACCUGUUGAUCGCAGGUAGCGCCGACUGGUCCGGGCUCCCUCGGGACGGGGGCGAGUGCGCAUGCUCCGGGGCCUCGUCGGGCCAGUAGCCGAGCGGCGGUGACGAACCGGCGGCGGCGGCGACGGUGGUUGCGGGGGCUGCGAUGGCGAUGUGAGGGGGGCCCGAGGCGGGAUGGUGCUUCCCCGGGAAGAAGGGCCGUAUUCUUCCAAUAGGACUACGAGCUCCUCCGUCCGACAGGCGGUGGGGGUGGCCGAGCCAGGCGAGAGGAGAAACAAUAUAUUUUUAACAAGAAUCAGUAACUGGAAAUACAAGAUUUCUUAUUUAAUAAUGUUAAAAUGAAGCUUUGACCAGUAGAGCCACGGUGGUGUUACCAGAUUUGUCUUAUGAAUAUAAAUUAAAAAUGACUGAAAUUCAAGCAAUGGUAGAAUUCUCCGUGGAGCUAAACAAGUUCUACAAUGUGGAUUUAUUUCAGAGAGGUUUUUACCAGAUCCGUGCAUCUAUGAAAAUUCCACCAAGAGUUCCCCACAGAGUAGAAGCUAGUUUGUUUCAUGCAACAGGUACGUCUUUAGCCUUUCCAGCUUCAGUUCAUGAUUCUCUGAUUUGCAGUAAAACAUUUCAAAUUCUAUAUAAAAAUGAGGAGGUUGCUUUAAAUGAUGUUAUGAUCUUCAAAGUUAAAAUGUUGUUGGAUGAAAAAAAGAUUGAAGAAACUCUUGAGGAAAUGGGUUUUCUGUUAUCCUUGGAUUUGCACUUUACAGAUGGAGAUUAUUCGGCAGAUGAUCUGAAUGCCUUGCAACUAAUAAGUAGCCGAACAUUGAAGCUGCACUUUAACAUCCAUAGAGGUCUUCAUCAUCAUGUUAAUGUUAUGUUUGAUUAUUUCCACCUUUCUGUUGUGACUGUUACAGUCCAUGCAUCUUUGGUUGCACUACACCAGCCACUAAUAAGCAGUUUUUGCCACAGACUAGUAGGAGAAAGGGACACCUCAUCUCCUAAAGACUGUUUGCUGGAAGAAGACAUUUUUGGCUCAGAAUCAGAAGCCAAGAGGAUUAAGUGUUGGCUCUGCUUUCCUCGCCCUGUGAAGACUACUUGGUUAAAUAGAAAUGCACCAGCACAAAACAGAGAUUCUGUGAUUCCAACUCUUGAAAGUGUGGUCUUCGGUAUUAACUACACAAAACAGCUAUCACCAGAUGGUUGCAGCUUUAUUAUUGCAGACUCCUUCCUACAUCAUGCUUAUAAUUUUCAUUAUACACUUUGUGCCACUUUGCUGCUAGCCUUCAAGGGAUUGCACAGCUACUUCAUCACGGUAACAGAAGAGAUACCCUCUUGUCAGAAACUAGAACUAGCCAAAGCCAACAUGCAGGUCCUUUAUGAGCGCCUCCUCAGAAGAAAACAGCCACGAUCCCAGAAAGACACCUGUCUAGAGGAUAUGGAUGUAGAAGCUCGGCUUACUGAACUAUGUGAAGAAGUUAAGAAAAUAGAAAACCCUGAUGAACUGGCAGAACAUAUAAAUAUGAAUCUUGCACAACUUUGUUCACUUCUAAUGGCUUUAUGGGGACAAUUUCUGGAAGUUAUAACACUACAUGAAGAACUACAUCAUUUAUUAGCACAAGAAAACCAUACUUUGAGGGUACGCAGAUUUUCUGAGGCAUUCUUUUGUUUUGAACAUCCAAGAGAAGCUGUCAUUGCAUACCAGGAACUUCAUGCUCAGAGUCAUCUACAGAUGUGCACCGCUAUCAAAAAUACUUCCUUCUGCAGUUCUCUUCCACCCCUACCUAUUGAAUGUAGUGAAUUAGAUGGAGAUCUCAAUUCAUUACCUAUAAUCUUUGAAGAUAGGUAUUUAGAUUCAGUUAUUGAAGACUUAGAUGCACCCUGGAUGGGAAUUCAGAAUCUUCAGAGAUCAGAGUCCACUAGAAUGGAUAAAUAUGAGACUGAAGAAAGAUCUAUAGCUGGACUUUCUAGCCCAGAGGUGAAAGUCAGACCUGCUGGUGCCUCCAGUUUUUGCUAUACAGAAGGUGAAAAGCAGCUACCAAAAUCUCUAAAAGGAAAGAAUGAAGAAUCAAACAAAUCCAAGGUUAAGGUCACUAAACUCAUGAAAACAAUGAAACCUGAAAAUACCAAAAAAUUAAUAAAACAGAACUCUAAGGAUUCUGUGGUUUUGGUAGGCUACAAAUGUUUGAAAAGUACAGCAUCAAGUGAUCUCUUUACAUGCUUUGAAGGCAACCCUUCACAUAGUCAGAAGGAAGGUCUGGAUACCACAGUAUGUGGAUAUAAUUUUGACCUAAAGACCUACAUCAGACAGACAAGUCAAAAGGAAGCUAGCUAUUUGCCAACAAAUAAAACUGAAAAAAAGUCUUCAGAUACUGAAAAUAUGCAACCAGACCUGUUUAAUCCUUUGAACUCUGGCAGCCUAAAUCUUUGUGCAAAUUUGUCCAUUUCAGGUAAACUUGAUAUCUCCCAGGACGAUAGUGAAAUUACACAAGUGGAACUCAGUGUGGCAACCAGAAGUUUAUCAGACGAUUGCCAUGAUCAUCAAGCAAUUCCAUCUUCAGGAAUUAGAACAAUUGAAGUAAAUCCCAGUAAUAAAGAUCCUUUCAGUGCAGAGGAAAAAACUGUUAAAAUAGGUCCUUGGACAGAGCUUCAACAAGAUGAAAUACUUGUGGAUAAUAUACAGCUACCCAACUUUGAGUCUUUAGAAUCUAAUGGUAAAUCUAAAUCUAUAGACAUAACACUUGAAAAGGAAUCUUUGCAGGAAGUUAAGUGCUGUUCUGUUGGAGAAUCAUUAGCUAAGUUAAGAAGUAAUCAACCUGCUUCUUCUACAAAAGAAUAUCAUGUUGUAGUAAGUGGAGACACAAUUAAGUUACCAGAUAUUAAUGCCACAUAUGCCUCAUCUAGAUUUUCAGAUUCAGGUGUUGAAAGUGAACCAAGUUCUUUUGCAACACAUCCUAACCCGGAUGUAGUGUUCGAAAUUGUUCAAGGGCAAGGUCCUUACAAUAAUGAAAGAUUAUUUCCUCAGCUUUUGAUGAAACCUGAUUAUAAUAUAAAAUUUUCAUUAGGAAGCCAUUGUACUGAGAGUACAAGUGCUGUAAGUGAAAUACAGUCAUCUUUGACAUCCAUAAACUCUCUACCUUCUGAUGAUGAACUGUCACCUGAUGAAAAUUCUAAGAAAUCUGUUGUGCCCGAAUGCCAUUUAAGUGAUAGCAAAACGGUUUUAAACCUGGGAACCAUUGAUUUGCCAAAAUGUGAUGCUAGUAAAAACUCAAGUAUUGUUUUACAACAGCAGAGUGUCAUAUUUUCAGGGCAUUUGGACAAUGAAACUAUAGCAAUAAGUUUCUUAAAUUCAAGCACUAAAGACCCUUUACAAUUUGUUUUUUCAGAUGAAGAUACUUCCAGUGUUGUAAAUAGUAGUUGCAACUCCAAACAUAAUUUGGACACUAUGUGUAAAGACUCCCAGAAUCCUGAUAAAUCUAAUAACCCUGCAGAAACAGCAGUUACAUUAAAUUCAAAACCGGUUUGUUUAGGCUCCCCUUGUGUUGUUUCAGGUUCCAUUUCUACUCAUAUAGAAGUUAGUGAAGAUAGAACUGUGAAAAGAAAAAAUAGUGAUGUAUUAGAUCUCAAACAUAUAAAUUCAGAAGCCCCUACAGUUAUAAGUGAAACUCAUCUGGGUACAAGUGACCCGUUUUCAGCUAGUCCUGAUAUGGUAAAACAAGGGCUAGUGGAAAAUUAUUUUGGCUGUCAAAGCAGUACAGAUAUUUCUGACACAUGUGCUAUUAGCUUUAACAAUUCACUUAGCCCUCAGAAGGAAACUCCUGAAAAGGGAAUUAGUAAUCUUCAGCAGGAACAGGGUAAAAAGGAUGAGGAGGAAGAGCAGGAUCAACAGAUGGUACAAAAUGGGUAUUAUGAAGAAACAGAUUAUUCAGCUUUGGAUGGAACUGUAAAUGCUCACUAUACAAAGAGUGAUGCACUAGAAGAAGAAAGACUUAUAAAAUCUGAAAAUAUAAACAGCCAAUUUCUGAGGGAUGGUAUAAGUAUGCCUGCUGUCUGUACUUCUGGUUGUUUGUCCUUCCCAUCUGCACCAAGAGAGUCUCCUUGUAGUGUUAAGCAUCCUUCUAAAAGUAAAUUUGAUGCCAUUACAAAGCAGCCAAGCAGCGCUUCUUUCAACUUCACUUCAUCAGUUUCCUGGUAUGAAAAUUCACCAAAACCUCAAAUACAAGCCUUCCUUCAGGCAAAAGAAGAAUUGAAGCAACUUAAACUCCCUGGAUUUAUGUACAGUGAUGCUCCUCUGCUGGCAUCCUCAGCCCCUUACUUUAGCACGGAAGAAGAGGGUGGUUCUGAAGAUGGAGUACAUCUCAUUGUCUGCGUGCAUGGUUUAGAUGAUGGAAUUCUUUAUUUUCUAGGAAACAGUGCAGAUCUGCGAUUAGUAAAAACUUAUAUUGAACUUGGACUGCCUGGGGGAAGAGUUGAUUUUCUUAUGUCUGAGAGAAAUCAGAAUGAUACUUUCGCUGAUUUUGAUAGCAUGACUGAUCGUCUUCUGGAUGAGAUAAUACAAUAUAUUCAGAUAUACAGUCUAACAGUUUCAAAAAUAAGCUUUAUUGGACAUUCGUUGGGCAAUUUAAUAAUUCGUUCAGUGCUUACAAGGCCAAGGUUUAAAUAUUACCUCCACAAACUUCAUACAUUUCUGUCUCUUUCUGGACCUCACCUCGGUACACUCUACAACAGCAGUACUCUUGUUAAUACAGGUCUGUGGUUUAUGCAGAAAUGGAAAAAAUCAGGUUCUCUUUUGCAAUUGACAUGUCGAGAUCAUUCAGACCCUCGCCAAACUUUCUUAUACAAGCUUAGUAAUAAAGCGGGGCUUCAUUAUUUCAAAAAUGUUGUGCUAGUGGGAUCUCUGCAGGAUCGUUAUGUUCCUUAUCACUCUGCCCGCAUUGAAAUGUGUAAAACAGCUUUAAAGGACAAACAGUCAGGACAGAUCUAUUCAGAAAUGAUCCACAAUUUGCUUCGCCCAAUUUUGCAAAGCAAGGACUGUAAUUUGGUUCGAUAUAAUGUCAUCAACGCAUUGCCUAAUACAGCUGACUCACUCAUUGGGAGAGCUGCACAUAUAGCUGUUCUUGAUUCAGAAAUAUUUUUAGAGAAAUUCUUUCUGGUUGCUGCUCUCAAAUAUUUCCAGUAGGAUAAAACAUUGUUAAGAUACUUAACAAUUACCUCAUUCAACAAUGAUUCAAAUAAUGUAUUAUAUUUAAACUAUAGAUGUUGGUAAGUUCUAAGAAAUAUUUAUACCUUUUUAUAUGGAAGAUAAUUUAUAUCAUCCAUAUUUAGUGCUUUUUAAACAUCAACUUUACUUUAUAGGUAACAUGGCUGUGCAAUAUUUUUUAAAUUUUAUCUUUUUACUUUUCUAUUACUUUUUAAUAUAUUUUGCUACAUAAGUAUUUCAGUGAAACUUUAAGCCCAUAUGUAUGUCUGAUUAUUAUUGGCUUUCCACAGUCCAUAUAUUCAGACACAUCAUACUCGAGGCCAUGAUUGCUAGAACAGCAUGGAAUUUUAAAUUUUCUAGUAUUGGGUAUAUUUAGUUAAUUACAAAUUUUACUUUUAACAUUUUACUAUGUUUUAACUGGAAAUAAAAUUAUGGCUGCUAAAAUAUUUUUUUUUAAUCAAUUCUUCAGCCCCACCAAAUGAGGUAGGUAGUGACAAUGUUAUAAAAGUUUUCUACAAAAAUUCAUUACUACUAUUAAAACAUAUGUCAUGCCUAUUAAAAUAUAUUUUCUACUGGUGAUUUCAACAUUGUUUCUCACAUUGCCUUUUAUUACUGGAACUUUUCAUGUUCAUGUUAGCAACAUCUAGAGAUUUUUGAAUGUUUGAAUGCCUUUAGUUGGAAUUUUGUUAAAUUUGGUAAUGUUGCUUGAACUUUCUGACUACAUUUCUUUUAACUUUUUUCAUGGACUUCUGUACAUAAUAAUUACAUGUUGAAAUUUAUGAAAUACUUUUAUGAAUUUAGAUAAUUUUUAAAUAUUGUUAAAUUUUGUUGAACUAUAGAGUGAUGUAAAUAAAAUAAUUCAUGUUAAAAAUAGAACAAAAUAACUAACUUUACAUGUUUGGUGAUACAGAUGCAAAUGUUUUUGAUAUGGAGAUGAUAAGACUUUACUAAAGGUGCUGAACAGCAUUAAAUUUUGUUUUCCUUUA